AUGUCUGAAGCAAUCGGCGAAAUUUGUGAAUGGGCUCCGAAUAUCUCCGGCAAAACCAUCUCCAUCAACGUGAAAUCAUCUGCAGUGGAUCCACGGUUUCACGGCAUAAUUUUCACAGAGGAUUGUUCUGCUGGUUCUCCUAAAUAUGGCCUUAUCCGCAUUCUGCAACAACUACAAAGCAUGUUUCAGUUCACUCCUUCGAGUCAGCACACCAGCACUCCGGAAGCACAAAGUUCAAGAGAGUGGCAGCUGGCAGUUCCGUAUCAUGACGGCAGUCGCCAUACUUCAGUGGCCAUUUCUCCAAUUCUGUUGAACCCGAGAACUUCAGGAAGCACUUCCAACUUGUCCCCGAUACCUGCGAGCUUCGGAAGUACCAUACUUCAUCCAUAUCGUCACGCGAAGGAAUUGACCAGGGAGGUGAUAGCAUGCUCCCCGCUACUUUGUCAACCAGCUAACUAUACCGGCCAUCGGCGGUCUCCCGAUCUCCUUGCCACUUCGCCUGCACUACCCUUGGAUACAUCAGUCGUAUCUACUAGUCCAUCUGGUUCACUCUCCCGGAUAGAAAAGCAAGUUAUCCAGUUGGAUCACAUGACAAAUAAAACAGCGACGCCUGGCACUCCAGUCCGCGAUGUUGAUCUCGACCGGCAGUCACUGGGACUGACACCGGCCCAGCACCAACUUGAUGCAGGUGUUGAGUCUGCUUACCAUGCCAGCCCCGAGAAACAGAGAGAGGCAACUCGGGAUGAAACCGUGGUUCUUCCAUUACCCGUGAUACAACCCAUGGUCAAAGAGCUUCUGGAAUCUCCUUCUAGUCCUGCAACCGAACUCAGUUUUCACAAACAACAACCCACGCCAAAGUCGUCCACCCCAAGCGGAGAAAUAGCAGAUUCGCCAAGCGCAUCACACGUGUCGGAUACCGAGCAUCCUUGGACAAGUCUGCAAUUGCCCGAAGUCUGCGUCGUUCUAACUCCUAUCACACGUCCACAAGGCAUAUCUCCUGUAACCGAAGCUGUCUCUGUGAGGCAUCCAAGUACGAGAUGGAAAGAUCUAGGGGCAGGAGAACACAAGGACAUGGAAGCUUUUGUUCCACCGACGAAAGAAGUACUUGUGUCGGUUGGAGAAGCACCUGCUUCCACUCCACCUGUCGAUGCCACUCAGCUUUCUUCCUCAUCAGAUGCGACUCCCAUCGCUUUGGGUAUUCUGAAAGCGAUGAACUCCACUCUGCUACCCGGAGUCCACUAUUCCGAAGCCAGCACAAAAACCACACGCAAAUUAUGUGACUUUUCUACUUCCUACUUGAUUGACACCUCUCCCGCUAACGCCGACUUUCCAUUCACUCCUGACAAACCCAGCAUCUUCGCGUUACCGGAAUUGUCCGCCGAAGUUCACUUUCCUAAGCGUGCGAGACCUAACACAUCUGCUGCCAAGCGACCUCUCAAUCGCAAAUCCAGUACUGGUUUUCGGGAGGAAUCCGCGGUUGAAUCCGGUGCUCACAAGGGAAAGGUGAUUGAGAGAAGUCAGCCCCGUACCUCCACUUUCCAUGUUAUUCGUACUUCUAUCACUGAAGCUGCCGAUGAACCAAUUACAGAGGAAACGGUUUUAGACCUACGAAAGCAAGCUUUAACUGAAACAUCGCCGACACCGAUAGGUAUUCCUCCACUUCCCUCAGUGGACACAGAAGAGUUAGCGGCGUUUCCAACGUCCAGGGACAGAACCUCCUCGUUUGAGCGGAAUGCUAACAUUGAUAUACCGAAGCCUGGUUUCUCUCUGCCAAAGCGUCGCUUCUUCAAGUCCUACCGAUCUGAGCGAAUAGCCAGAGAAAAUGAACGUUUCGAGGCCGCUCGAAUGAUAAAAAUUACUAAAAGGCCUGAUUCAAAGAAGAGAACAACGGGAGGUGGUCAGGAGGCAUUAAGGAUUUCAAAACCAAGAGCAGCUCGAGGUCGCUUGAACAAACGUGCUCCACCACCUAUUGCUGCUGCACUGGCAGAUGCUAUGAUACCACCAACUCCAUCGCGUGACAGCAGUGAUCCGGAUCUUCUAAUCGAAAUAGUCGACUCCCAGGAUCCACAGAACGCCCAUGUCCAAAAUGUGGUGGUCCCAGCUGCCCACCCCAUCUUGGAGACGCUGAUCGAGAGCUCGCAGUGUGAUGACAUCAUUCCUGCUUCAUGGAACUCCUCAGCUGAUAACCAGAUUAAAUCAAAGGAUGUGACAAAUCAGCUUCAGGAAGAAUUUAAUUGGCCGGAUGAUGAGGUCCUAGUUAGCAGUCGACCUCCAUCCACACCAGCCAGCCUUUUUGCCCCCACUCCAUCUCCCGCACCGGCUAGAUUGCGGCGUAAUCGCAAACCACCCACUAAACGACCGGCGAAAAAAGCGCCGUUGGAAUUCCAUACCAACCAACCUUCGUUUCACGAAUCACAACAGCCCUUGCAGGAACCGCUGGGCGCAGUGGAACUCGAACAUAUCGACCCCACCGAUAUCAACUUUCCAACACCAGGCUUUGCCACUGUACUACGGAGAUCAUCUUUGGUAUGUGAACACGUUCAUCAGAGCCUGGUUGUGGUAAGUGUUCAAUUGUCACUUGCCCAGAAGGAAAUUGCUUUGCUGAAGACAGCCGUCAAAGGGUUGCAAGAAUUUUACUUCGCAUCCGAAGUAUCAGCUCAGUGA